CGUGUGGGGCGCGGGAGCCAGGUGCUGCUGCUUUAGCGCCGGAUCCUGAGACAGAUCGCCGCCGCCGCCCGCCUCCCGCCAUGGGGAACGCCGAGAGCACCGAGGGCCGCAGGGUGUCCUUCGGAAUGGACGAGGAGGAACGGGUCCGGGUGCUGCAGGGCAUCCGGCUGUCUGAUCAUGUGGUGAACCGUUUGAAGGAUUCCAGUAAGCCUUCGGAAGUGAAGCAGCCCGCCCUUCCUGGUAGUGCUCCUCCUACAGCUGUGUUUGAUGCUCCAGAAGGCAAAGCGAAAGCCCCUGAGAAAGAAUCCAAACCACCAAGUGCAGAGAAGGAUGGGGCGCAGCACCCCUUGGGAGCAGCAGAUCUGCUCAGGAGGUAUGAAGAAGAGCAGGCCAUCAUCCAGGAUGAGAUCUUGCAGCUGGCUAAAAGGGAAAGAGAGGCAGCCGCCAAGAACUUGAAUGUGCCCCUACAGCAGGAGGGGAGCAGAUAUGACCAGGAGAAGGAGAAGGCAGCCCAGAUGGCCAGGGAUCUGGACCGCAUAGAGGCUGAGCUAAGGCGCCAUGACACCUUCUAUAAGGAACAACUGGGGCGCAUUGAAAAGAAGAAUGCCGAGAUGUAUAAACUGUCUUCACAGCAAUUCCAUGAGGCCGCUUCAAAAAUGGAGAACACAAUAAGAGCCCGGCGGUCCGAGCCCGUGUGCUCCUGCUUGCAGGCCCAGAUC